AUGAGUAACCAAGGAGUUACCUAUGCAGAACUCAAUCAGAUUAAGGGCUCAAAAAGACAGCAAAUGAAAGCUAAGGGCACUAAAAGUUCCAUUUCAGUAACUGAGCAGGAAAUAACAUAUGCAGAAUUAAAUCUUCAAAAUGCUUCUCAGGCUCUUCAAAGGAAUGACAAGAAUUCCCACUACAAAGGAAAGCUCAUUGCUGGGAUCCUGGGAAUUAUCUGCCUUGUCUUGAUGUCCACUGUGGUCACAAUAGCUGUUAUUCCCUUUACUGAAGGACCAGAGCAGAACCAAACGUCCCUGGAAACAAGGAUCCCAAAAGCUUGUCACUGUUGUCCAAAAGAGUGGUUUACAUAUUUUCAUAAUUGCUAUUACAUUAGCACUGAAAGAAAAUCAUGGAAUGAGAGUUCAGUGUCCUGUGCUUCUAAGAACUCUAACUUGCUCUCCAUAGAUGAUAAAGAGGAAUUGUGUUUGUUGGAUGUCUUCAUUCAUUCUUCAUGGAUAACAGUCUCCCAGAGAAGCCAUUAUAAUUCAUCAAUGUGGUCAAAAUGCUCACCUUUCUUUUCCAAAGAGUUGUCAGUAUCUUCAGAGAGUGACAAGAAUUGCCCAUUUUUUGAUUUUGAGUCAAGCAAAUGUUCUUUUGCAUCCUGUUUAGAAACGAAAACAUAUGUUUGUAAGCACCAGGCAUAUUAG